ACAAUAAUUAGGCGUCCAGUCACGCAAAUGAGUUGCUUCGCAUGUUUUUCUUCUCACACAGAAAAGAAAGCAUCAAAGAAAUCCCACCAUGGAAAGAGUAUAUAAUCCCCUCACUCUCAAUCUUCUGUUCCAUUAGAAGCCUCUUCUUCACAGCCACACCAUGAAAGAACCUGAAACGAAAAAGGAUGCCACCAAAGACAUAGGCAGCAAUAACAUUGCUUCACAGAACUUCACCUUCCGGGAUCUAGCAGUGGCCACGAAGAACUUCCGGCAAGAAACCCUAAUUGGUGAAGGUGGAUUCGGAAGGGUUUAUAAAGGGCGAAUCGAAAAAACCAACCAGGAUGUAGCUGUGAAGCAACUUGACAGGAAUGGAUUUCAAGGAAACAGAGAGUUCCUUGUUGAAGUUUUGAUGUUGAGCCUCUUGCAUCAUGAAAAUCUAAUGAAUCUAGUUGGGUAUUGUGCUGAUGGAGAUCAGAGACUUCUGGUGUACGAGUACAUGCCAUCUGGAUCUGUAGAGGAUCAUCUUCUAGAUGUCCCUCCUGAUCAAAAGCCACUAGAUUGGAAUACAAGGAUGAAAAUAGCACUUGGAGCAGCAAAAGGAUUAGAAUAUUUGCAUGACAAGGCCAAUCCACCCGUGAUAUAUAGGGACUUGAAAGCAGCCAACAUCUUGCUAGACAAGGAUUUCAAUGCAAAACUUUCAGAUUUCGGACUAGCCAAGCUUGGACCUAUGGGAGAUAAGUCUCAUGUGUCUUCUAGAGUAAUGGGAACUUAUGGAUACUGUGCUCCAGAAUAUCAACGAACAGGUCAGCUUACCAUAAAAUCAGAUGUGUAUAGUUUUGGAGUUGUCUUGCUUGAAUUGAUCACUGGAAAAAGAGUGAUUGACACAACAAGAUCGACAUGGGAACAAAACCUUGUUACUUGGGCCCAAACAAUAUUCAAGGAUCCUCAUAGACACCCAGAACUGGCAGAUCCUCUUCUGAAAGGAAACUUUCCUGUAAAAGCACUGAGCCAAGCGGCGGCUAUGGCAGCCAUGUGCCUGAACGAGGAAGCUACCGCACGGCCACUAAUCAGAGACGUAGUGAGUGCUCUCAGCUUUCUUGGGACAGACAUUAAUGAUUCUCCAGAAGGUCUUGCUUCCGUUGACAGUCAUGAUGAAGAUGAUGAUGAUGACACUUCCUUGGAAGGCCAACAUAAUGCUGCUAAACCAACCGACACUACUGUUCAAUGGGAUGUUUAACUUCCGCAAAUUGAACACAGCUAUAUAUAUAUAUAUAUAUGCUGUGUGAGACUGCUUCCUCUCUGAGAUAUUAAAUCAUAGAUACAAAUAUACACAUUAUACGUGUUCUGAUCAUCCUCAAUAUUGUUCUAUGUUUUGGUAAGACUAGGGCAAACACAAUAUGUAUUUAUGUUUUUAUUUUAGGGAUUUUUUUUUUUUGGCCCUUCUCCAUUUCGCCAUAGGCAUUAAAGAGCACACAAAGAUAUGAAUAGUGUGAACACAAGGAUAUAUAUUUAUUUGUAGAUAUGAUAUCUAUGAAUAUAAGGAAGCAUUGUU